UGUCUGUGUCUGCGCCAGCCGCUACCGAUAAAGUUGUUGUUCUGCCAACAUGGCGGCGCCCAUAGUGACGGUCCAGGCCGUGUUCGCCUAAAAGUGGAAACAGAGGCGUGAGGAGCCGCAGGCCGGAGCCUGUGAGCAGGUAAACGCCAGCCCGGGGCUCAACGGGACGAGAGGCUUCUGGAGUGGAGACCUCUGUCCCCGGAUCGGGAGGUUCCGACUUGCUGGAGGCAGGAGGGGAAGGAUCUCCCACCUUCUGCAGAAUGGCUUCUGCUUGGCAGAGACUGGGCUUUUACGUCUCUUUUCUGAAAAGCCAGCUAGAAGGUCAGCCAGGAAUCGUCAGCAAGGGAAGGAGCGUGAUUCUGGGAUGCACCAGAGAUAUAUACAGUGCCACUGGAGAGUGGACGAAAGAGUAUACACUGCAGACAAGAAAGGAAGUCGAGAAAUGGUGGCAUCACCGAAUAAAAGAACAGGCCUCCAAAAUUUCAGAAGCCGAUAAAUCAAAACCCAAGUUCUACGUACUGUCCAUGUUCCCUUAUCCUUCCGGCAAGUUGCACAUGGGCCACGUGCGUGUGUACACCAUCAGCGACACCAUCGCACGGUUCCAGAAAAUGAGAGGGAUGCAGGUGAUCAACCCCAUGGGAUGGGAUGCCUUUGGACUGCCGGCCGAAAAUGCAGCCAUCGAGAGGAAUCUACAUCCAGAAAGUUGGACGCAGAGUAAUAUUGAACACAUGAGGAAGCAGCUUGAUCGACUGGGCCUGUGUUUCAGCUGGGACAGGGAAAUAACUACAUGUUUACCAGAUUACUACAAAUGGACUCAGUACCUCUUUAUUAAACUCUAUGAAGCUGGGCUGGCCUAUCAGAAGGAGGCCUUGGUUAACUGGGACCCGGUGGACCAAACGGUGCUUGCGAACGAGCAGGUGGAUGAACACGGCUGUUCAUGGCGUUCUGGAGCAAAGGUGGAGCAGAAGUACCUCCGACAGUGGUUUAUUAAGACAACUGCUUAUGCAAAGGCCAUGCAGGACGCGCUGGCGGACCUUCCAGAGUGGUAUGGAAUAAAAGGCAUGCAGGCCCACUGGAUCGGGGACUGUGUGGGCUGCCAUCUGGACUUCGCAUUGAAGGUGGAUGGUCAAGUCACCGGAGAAAAGCUGACCGCCUACACGGCCACACCCGAGGCCAUCUACGGCACCUCCCACGUGGCCAUCUCUCCCAGCCACAGACUCUUACACGGGCACAGCUCGCUGAAGGAAACCUUCCGGAAGGCACUCGUCCCUGGCAAAGAUUGCCUCACGCCUGUGAAGGCUGUGAACACGCUCACCCAGCAGGAGGUCCCUGUCGUUAUCUUGGCCAAAGCUGACUUGGGGGGCUCUCUGGAUUCCAAAAUAGGAAUUCCAAGCACCAGCCCGGAGGACGCCACCUUGGCCCAGACCCUGGGUCUCGCCUACACCGAAGUCAUUGAAACUUUGCCGGAUGGCACAGAGAGGUUGAGCAGCUCUGCUGAGUUCACAGGCAUGAGCCGGCAGGAUGCGUUUCUAGCCUUGACUCAGCAAGCCCGGAUGAAGAAGGUAGGUGGCGACGUGACAAGCGACAAGCUGAAGGACUGGCUUAUCUCGAGACAGCGGUACUGGGGCACACCCAUCCCCAUGGUCCACUGCCCGGCCUGCGGCCCCGUGCCCGUGCCUCUGCAGGAUUUGCCCGUGACCUUGCCCCACGUUACGUCUUUCACCGGCAAGGGAGGCUCCCCACUGGCCACGGCUUCAGACUGGGUUAACUGCGCCUGCCCUAGGUGCAAGGGUGCCGCCAAGAGAGAGACGGACACCAUGGACACGUUUGUCGAUUCUGCCUGGUACUACUUCAGAUACACCGACCCGCAGAAUACUCAGAGCCCUUUUAACGCAGCGCUGGCGGAUUACUGGCUGCCUGUGGAUUUGUACAUCGGAGGGAAGGAACACGCCGUCAUGCAUUUGUUCUACGCGAGGUUCUUUAGCCAUUUCUGCCACGAUCAAAAAAUGGUCAAACACAGAGAGCCUUUCCAUAAGCUGCUAGCCCAAGGCCUUAUCAAGGGGCAGACAUUCCGCCUGCCAUCGGGACAGUAUCUACAGAGAGAAGAAGUAGAUCUCACAGGUGCGGUUCCCGUUCACGCAGAAACGAGGGAGAUGCUGGAGGUGACGUGGGAGAAAAUGAGCAAGUCCAGACACAACGGGGUGGACCCCGAGGAGGUCGUCGAGCAGUACGGCCUCGACACCAUCCGGCUCUACAUCCUCUUCGCCGCCCCUCCUGAGAAGGACAUCCUGUGGGACGUGAAGACCGAUGCCCUUCCCGGGGUGCUGAGGUGGCAACAGCGUCUGUGGGCCUUGGUGACCCGCUUCAUCGAGGCCAGGGCUCCUGGGACAGCUCCCCGGCCCCAGCUGCUGAGUGACAAGGAGAGAGCCGAGAGCAGGAGGCUCUGGGAAUACAAGAACUCGGUCAUCUCUGAGGUGACUGCCCAUUUCACAGAGGACUUCUCACUGAAUUCUGUAAUUUCUCAGCUGAUGGGACUCACCAGUGCCCUUCUGCAAACUUCUCCGAGAGUGGUUCUCCACAGCCGCGAGUUUGAGGACGCGCUCUGUGCCCUGGUGGUGAUGGCUGCCCCGAUGGCCCCCCACAUCGCCUCGGAGCUCUGGGCUGGCCUGGCGCAGGUUCCUGGGAAGCUGUGUGCCCACUACGCCUGGGAUGCCGGUGUGCUGCUGCAGGCCUGGCCGGCUGUGGACCCGCAGUUCCUUCAGCAGCCGGAUGUGGUGGAGAUGGCCGUCCUGAUCAACAACAAACACCACGGCAAGAUCCCGGUGCCCCAGGGUGUUGCGCAGGACCAGGACAAAGUCCGUGAGCUCGUCCUCCAAAGCGAGCUGGGUGCCAGGCUCUUGCAGGGGCGAAGCAUUAAGAAGGCUUUCCUGUCCCCCAGAACAGCCCUCAUCAACUUCCUGGUGCAGGACUGACUGCAGGGGGCGCCCCUGAGGAAGGAGGAAGGCGAGAAGAGAAGCAAGUGAGAAUGCACGUGGCAAGCAGCCUGGGAGCUCUGACUCCUAGAAAUUGCACACUCCAGGGACAUGACGGUAAACUGAGGACCCACAGGCACGGGAGCAGCGAGGACAGCCAGUGUUGGACAGGUGAAGGCCUGGGCAUCGUAUCAGAUGGUCCCCUCGCUUUCCGGCUAGACGGAGGAGCCAUGGGGGUCAUGUCCAAAUAUUCAAGAUGGUCUGCAGAAGCUGCUUUGCACCCGAAGGCAGGCGGGGCGGGUCCCUCCGCAGUUGUCCCCACUGCCGGGCCAGCUCUGUUGCCAGCUCCCGGUGAAGCACCACCUCCACCCUCCGCCAGGGUGUUAGAUGUGCUGCGUGGUGUAGCAGAAGCACGUCGGUUCUGAGCUCAGCUGGAACCCGGCCCAGGGCGCACCGCAGCCCCACGGGGAGUCUGCUCAUAUGUGCCCCAGAUGGCCGCGCCGUUGACGUAGGCCCCCAUGCCGGGUAUUAGCAUGAGCUCGCUCGCCAUGGGCCAGUG